AUGAAACCUAAAAGAAGUUUAACUCACUUAAUUGAGCAUACUGAGAGAAUAUACAAUGCAUUAGAAUAUGGGGUUAGAAUCGGUAAUAUAAGUAGAGCUGCUCGUGAAAAUGGUUUGACCAGAAAUCAACUCAAUUAUUACCGUAGAGAUAUCAAAGAUAAUAGAAUUAGACAAUCCCAUGGCGGCUCCAGAUCUCCAAGUACAUUUACUACAGAACAGUAUGAACUCUUGGUGGCAACUGUGGUAGCAAUGGUUAAUGUCCGACCUAAUCUCACAAUGAGGGAGAUCGCCCAAGAAAUUAACUCAGAUCAAAAUAGUAUUUUUUAUAAAAAGGUCAACAAAUCGAGGAUAUGUUCAAUAUUCAAAGAAUUGAAAUGGAAUUACCACUCUCCAACCUAUAAACAAGAAAAUAAAUACAAAAUUGAAAAUUUAUUAAAAUUAUUUUAUUUUAAUACAAUAAUUUACAAUACUGAUUGGAAAAAAAUUUAUUUUUUAGAUGAAUGCUCAUUUUCUUCUAGAGGUUUUUUAUUAGAAUUAAGGAGAUCUAAAGCUGUUGGACCGAUUGGAGAGCCGGUUUAUGUUACCAAUAGCACCAGCAUUUCUGAGACCUACAAUGGGUUUUUCACCAUCAGUUUGGAUGAUUGUUUGUAUAAAAUCCGUGAUAAAACCAAUAAUACUGAAGACUUCUUUCAAUAUGUUAGAGAACUUUUGGAAAGUGGAUUUUGCAAGCCUGGUUCAUUAUUGGUAAUGGACAAUGCUCCAAUUCACGGUGGUAUCGAAGCUUUAAAUGCACUAUUUGAAUUGUUUAAUCAAUAUUCGGUUCAAUUGAUAUUUCUUCCUUCCUAUUCUCCAGAGUUGAAUCCCAUUGAGCGUUUCUUUGGCUAUAUCAAGAACCAUUUCUACCGAGAACGUAAUUCCCAUGGGUCCUUCCUUGAUGAGAUUAUUGACACCAUCGAUAAUUCUCUAAUUAAAAACAAAGAACUGUUCAUUGGAUUUUAUCGCCAAAGCCUAAACUUCUGGUCUGAAAAAAAAAGAAAUCAAUACCAAAGAAAAAGGUGA